CAACCUGCCUACCAAAAAUUCACUAAGAUCGAAUCAUGCCUUCAAGAGUUAUUCCGCUUAGUAUCCCACACACUAUAGGUAGCAAAGCGAUUUCAUAGCCUUCCAAACAAAGGCAAUUAUUUGAUGAUUAGGCGACGACAAACACCCUAUCUUCCUGUAUGGUUUUCUAUUUAUUUCUCUCAGGUGCCACACCCAUACGGCAGCCUGAGCCUUAUUGGCGAUCACGUGCUGACGCCGCUGCAAAAAUACUCAACCCUGUGUACCCCUCCAAUGCAGGCACCACGCCCAUGCAACAGCCUAAGUCACUGCGAUCACGUGCGGACGCCGCUGCCAAAAUGAUCAAUCCUAUCUACGCUUCUGGUUCAGACGGCGCGUAUCCGGGUGGAGCGAGCGGCUGCCGUGGUGUCUGUAGCUUCCUCCGCGCCCGCCGCAGCUGUCUGGCCGCCGGCAUCGCCGUGCUACUGAGCUUGUGCGCCGUGGGACUCGCCCCUCUCACGUUCAGCAACAAACAGGAAAUAUCUCAAUUGUCGACUACUGUGAAACGCAACACGCACCAACUGGACACCAUUGUCAACGCUUUGAAAUGCGAUCAAGGUGACAUGUGCAAACUGUCUGACACUGUUGACGUCUUGAAGAGCUACCAAGACGACAUGCGUCAACUGUCCACCGCUGUUGACGCCUUGAAACGUGACCUGGACAACGAGCGAAACCGAUCCGCCACCUUGGAGCAGCGUCUUAAAGACGACAUGUCCACCGCUGUUGACGCCUUGAAACUUGACCUGGACAACGAGCGAAACCGAUCCGCCACCUUGGAGCAGCGUCUUCUCAAGAUUGAUAAGAGUUCACUUUGUCCUGAAAGUUACACAAUGUGGCGUGGGACCUGCUACAAGGCCUUCGACACAACCAAGUCCUUCAGCGAUGCGGCCGCUGCCUGUCGUGCAGACGCGUUCGGCGGCACCCUCGCCAUGCCCCGAGACGCUUACACCAACGCCUUCCUCAUCUCCCUGUACAAGUCCGUCGACGAUUGUCCCUUCUGGUUCGGCCUGCACGAUCAGCGCGAAGAGGGAAGGUUUGAGUGGGUGGACGGUACUGCACUUGGGCCGUACAACUCCUGGGGGCAGGGACGACCGGACAACGAGUGGGGCAACCAAGAUUGCGUCGUUUAUUCUGGACUUGAAAACGAGAAAGACAAGUGGAACGACGAAGAAUGCCACGAUACGUUUCGCUUCAUAUGCCAGGCUGCUCCAGUAUUUUGUCCCAGUUGGUACAUAAUCUGGCGUGGAACCUGCUACAAGGCCUUCAACACAGUCAAAACCUUCAGCGAUGCGGCCGCGGCCUGUCGUGCAGACGGCGGCACCCUCGCCAUGCCCCGAGACGCUGACACCAACGCCUUCCUCAUCUCCCUGUACAAGUCCGUCGAGGAUUGUCCCUUCUGGUUCGGCCUGCACGAUCAGCGCGAAGAGGGAAGGUUUGAGUGGGUGGACGGUUCUGCACUUGGGCCGUACAACUCCUGGGGGCAGGGACGACCGGACAACGAUGGGGGGAACCAAGAUUGCGUCGUUUACUCCGGACUCAAAUUCGAGAAAGACAAGUGGAACGACGAAGAAUGCCACAAGACGUUUCGCUUCAUAUGCCAGGCUGCUCCAGAACGUCCAUAGGCGACGGGCGGGAGUUCCACCACUGCCAAAGAAGUAGACGCUGUGCCAA